AUGUCAUUUGAAAUGGCUCCCUCGCCAAGAUUUCUCAUUUACAAAUUACGAGGAAAACAGAAUCUAUUAAUAGUCAUAUUGAUCGCACUCGUCCUUGGAGCAUACUUCUUCCUUCCACCUGGCAAUGCCCCUUCCUUAACUUCCCUACCAUCUGGGAGGUCGUCUUCGUCGCAACAAUUGACAACCAAACCAAGUUUCAAGGAAUGGGAGCAGAAACAAGAUCCCAUCAUCACUAGUGAACAGGAAUUCCUAGGUUAUAUUCAAAAUGAUAACCAGGAUCUGGACUCUUCGGAAUGCAAACACUUUUAUGCUGGAGAGUGGCAGGGCCCGGAUAUGCCAGACGAUGUCUGCUUUUAUCCACAUCAUAGAUGCAGAGACCUGUCUCGUUUCCCUGUCCAAGUAUGGCCUGGAACGUGGGGACGUGGUGAUGGUCCUGAUGGUUGUGCCGUACCUUUUGUCUGGGCUAACGAGAGCAGGUUUGCUGAUGUCUUGAUGACUACCAUACCUGGAGGAUAUACAGAACCACAGCCGAGAAGGUGUCAGCGCACCAGCAUCUUUGCUGUAGAAAGUGCCGCAAACUAUCCGAGCAUAAACGAUGCCAAGAAAACUCACGACAUCAUAUCAACAUACGAGAUCUUUCACGCUGAUAAUCCUGUACCAUACACAUACCCAUUCAUCAAUUUCAGCAGGACGCCACUGCCUACUGACGAAAAGAAUGUCGAGAAAGUUGGCGCUCUUGUCGCCUCGUUUGUUUCCAAUUGCGCGCCUCACAAUGAUAGGAAUAAACGAAUGGAGGAACUAGGAAAUUUAGUCUCCGUCCAUCAAUUUGGGUCAUGCAUGAAUAAUGCAAAGCCAAUACAGAAUGCUCAUCGUUGGGAUGACAAGAUGGUCGAACUGAGAAGGCACAAGUUCACAAUCGCAUACGAGAACUCUCGUGCCAUAGACUAUGUGACGGAAAAGCUCUUUCAACCAUUGGAAGCUGGCUCUGUGCCACUAGUUUUUGGUGCCCCGAACUCACGAGACUUUGUUCCCAAAGGCCAUUUCCCAUCCGCUAUAUUCAUUGAAGACUUCCCCACAACCGCAGAUCUCGCAGACUAUCUAAAAUAUCUAGACAAGAACGACACCGCCUACGAAGAAUAUCUAGAUUGGAAGACACGGCCGCUUCCAAGACGUUUUACAAAUUUACAGGAACCGUAUAAACCGAAUUGUGUUUGUAGAUUGGCCAUGCUGCUUGCAGGCAAGUGGAGGAACCCCAAUUUAGAGCAGGGCACAGGAUGGACGGUUGAUACGCCGAGUAAAAUUGAUGUUGGUGGUAGUAAUGGUCAGUCUAUUCGUAAGAAUAGUGAACGGCCAAUCCGGAAGAAGAAAAAUCCACCAUUGAUUAUUAAGCCUGCUCAGUAG